AUGAGUGUAUAAGAAUUCAUAGCUAAUAAGAAGAUGUUAGAUGUAGAAUGGAGAUUUUCAAGUAUAUUUUUCCAAUUAUUUUAAGUUGCUACUGCUAAUAGUUCAAAAGAAAACUAUAGCGAUUGUUUCUUAUAGCUUAAGAUCAAAACAAUUGAUAAAAAUAUGAUUGAAGAAACUACACAUUUUGAAUUAACACUAGCAUAAUUUAAUGAGCUUUUUACUGAAAUUGAGAAGGUAAAGAAUCUGAUGAGUUUAAUUAAAUGA